AUGGCGGACGCAAGUCCAAAAACCCCAUCGACCUCCUAUGCGGCUAUUCUUUCUGAUAACUCACCCCUUAACUUUGUAAUAGAUGAUCUGCCAACUCCUUUUGAGGAGGAGGGUUUGGUCUCCAUUCGAAUCUCUGAGGAACCUUUUCGUCGAGGGAUGGAGAGAUGCAAAACGAAUUUGGUAGGUCGCGUAACCGCUCCUAUCAGAACACCGGAUCUUGUUCAACAACUUAGAAAGUGUUGGUCAUCCUUGGGAGAAUGGACUGCUGCGCCUCUGGGCAGGGGUUUUUUCAUGCUCCAAUUUAAAACCCUAACUGAUAUGCAACAAGUCUGGUCUAUGGGAUCACUACGUCUUCAAACUGGGAUGCUCAGGCUCAUCAAGUGGUCGCCGAGCUUCUCGCCAUCGACCUACAGGAACACGUUUGGGCAGGUUUGGGUCCGAUUUUGGGACUUGGGGUUUGCUUUCUGGGACCAUCAAACCCUAUUCGAAAUUGCUGCUGGCAUUGGCACGCCAUUGAAACUGGAUCCCCGUACAAAGAACCGCACUGUUGGCCUGUAUGCUAGAAUCCUUGUAGAUGUUGACUUCUCGAAAACUCCCCCGGAUAAACUCAGAAUCACUAGAGCGAAUGGUGAGGUUGUGGUUGUUGGGGUUGAGUUGGAGUCUGUGCCUCAUGUUUGCAGCAGAUGUGGGAUUAUUGGUCAUAUUGCUGCUUCGUGUAGAUCAAUGUCUUUGGAGGAGGAAAGGCUUGCUGAUACAGUUGCUCGGGGUCGUUCAACCGAGCGCUCCGGGUCAAAGAAACGUAACGCAAGAAGGUCGCGCAGGAGUAGGCGCCCAUCUGCACAGGCGACGGCUGAGGUACGCGAUCGGAACAUUGUGCAGCCCUCAAAACUAGACGAUGUCCCUGAGCGUGGCUUUGAACAUGUGUGUGACUCAGAGCCUUUUCCAUCUGCAAUGGCUGCGGACGUUGCUGCAACCGGUGCCCAACAACAUGCUACCCUAGCCAUUAUGCAUGAUCCAAUGAUGGUGCAAGUGCCAGCUGUGGAGCCAGUGAUUGCGCAUACCACGGUACAGGAAGCUGCAGUUGAUUUGGGGGCAAUUGAAUAG